AUCAAUAUUCAAAAAAAUUUAAAUUUUGGCGGUACGACCACUGACAAAAAUUGUUAGAAACCUAUAAUUUUUUACAAUGAACGACUUUUUAGAGCAAAACUUGUGUCAUCAUGAAGUGACGAUUAAAUGUAUUGAAGAUGUUUCUAUGGAUGACAAUAAAGUUGAUGGAAAUGUGUCUACAGCCGGAGAUUCUAUUCAGAUAAACAAAAUUCACCAAGUGAAGUCUCAUAUCAGCAAUCUUAAAUGUGCAUGGUCGCUGUCUGAAGCUGCAUUAUGGUUCAGUAAUAGCAUGAAGGAUGGUUUUUCUGAUAAUGCUGAAGAAAAUUGGCUGGAUUGUGAUGAUCAAGCUAAGGAGCAUGAUUUAAUUAAAAAAGAAAGGAAAGAAGCCGAACAACUUAAGAAUAAUAUAGAAUUGGUUGAGCAUGAAUUGGAAGAAGAAAGCAAAAAUAUACAAUUUGUAAAUGAGCAAGCAGAGGAAAAGAAACAACGAAAUCAGGAACGUCUUUCUAUUGUUAAAAAUAAGAUGGAAAGGCUGGAAAAAUUGCGCGAAAAAAAGGCACAAUUACAGAAAGAAAAAGAAAAUUAUCUUUGUAAAAUGCAGUUGCAGCCAAGUGACUCAACUGAUGUAAAAGCAACUUUAACAGAAAAAGUGGAGAGGGUAAACAUGGCUGUUGAUCAAUGCUUAGCUGCAGUGGAAAACCUCAUGCAAACUAACACCCUGCUUCAUCCGGAAUAUGAAAAGACUGAAAGUAAAAUGAGAGAAUUGGAGGAAAAGUUUAAUUAUUUUAAAUCUGUUAACUCAUCGGAUCAACAAAAAAGGAAAGAAUUCGUUUAUCGUACUGUAUCAUCCUUUGGUAUUCGAGUGAUUAAUGUUGGUGACACUUGGCUAGAAUAUGAAAUCUCGGAUGUCAACGAAAACGAUCUUCCCAUGUCAACUAUGUCGUUUACGGUUCAUUUUUCUAAAGAUAGGACAAGCGUAGAUCGUAUUACGUCGAACAGUCCAACAUCUUUCAUGCAAGAUCUCAUUAAUAAUGUGAACACAAUUGAUGAACUGAAAGCUUUCAAUUUUGAAGUUCAGAAACGACUUCAUAACCGAGUUAUGUUAUCAAAAGAAAUACUAUCUCUACAAGAAAAUUUUGCAAUUGAUUGGGAUGAAGAUCACCAGAAAGUCAAAGUUAUGUUUGGCAGAGCUGGUCAAGUAAUUUGUACGUUACAUAUCGACGGCGAAUAUCCCACUAAUGGAUAUAUCAGGGUAGAAGAGAUACGUGGUGCAGAUGCUACUGUAAUAUUUAUGGAUCAUGUGGUUACCAGCGAACUGAAAACACUUUCUAGUUGGAUCAACUACCUAAAUGUGAAGUAUGGAAAUAUGUAAAAACACAAUCAUACUGAACACAUGGAAUGGUGUAUAUAUUUGAUGGAGUAAAUGGUAUUCAUUUUGUUAUAUUAUUCUGCUGCAUGACAUGCAACAAAAACCCCCCAAAAAUCUCGUUAUCUGCUUGACAACAGAAAAUUUUGAACCAAAUUGCAAAUUUGCAAUAAGUUUAAUGGUCAACGGUCAAAGUUGUAUUUCAAACGUGCAGUUUCAAUUCUGCAUAAAAAUAAAAUCUAUUACAAUAUUUACAAUAUA